GAAGCUUUGUUGACGAUGACGGAGCGAACUCACGGCCGUCGCAAACCGGGGAUGUUAAGGACCUACUCCGACUCUUUAAACGACGCCGUUUCUUCGCAGGCGGGGUACCUUUCUUCGUCUUCGUCUAAAGAAUUUGAGCCACUUGAAUUCUCCACUCAAGAAUCGUCUUGUCUCUGGAAUCAUUCUUCAAGAUCGACUUUUUCGGACGAUGAUUUUACUCAGAAGAGAGCUAAGAGACCCAGGAACGGUUGUGGAGGGUUUGGUUUAACUUCGAGUCUGAUGGAGUCGCAAGAGUUUGGCGAGAUAAUGGGGAAUGAAGACGAGGUUAACUUCGCGCUUGAUGGGUUGAAGAAGGGUCGUCAAGUUAGGACCAGAAGAACUGCUCUGUCGUCUCUACUCUCGAUUUGCGAAUUUAAACAUCAGCGACGGUCUUUGCGAGCUUUAGGGAUCUCACAAUCCAUAAUUGAUGCGAUUUUGGGUCUCAGCCUUGAUGACGUACUAAGCAAUCUUGCUGCAGCUACCAUUUUCUUUGUGCUAACUGCUGAUGGUCAAGAAGCCCACUCUAUGGAGUCACCCAACUCCAUCAAGUUUUUGAUAAAUUUGUUGAGACCUGUGGUUUCCGUCAGUACUAAAGGGAAGCCUCGAAACAUAGGAUCUAGGAUCUUAUCAAGAAUCAAGAGUGUUGAUGCAGCGUGUGAUGCAGCCAAUAUGCAUGAUUUAAGCUCAUGUGAUAUACUUUCUAGAGCCCAGGAAAUUCUUGUUAAUUGCAAGGAGUUGAGAUUGGUCGAUAGCUAUAAAAUUGAAAGGAUGAGGCCUGAGCUAAGUACAAAAUGGCUAGCUUUGUUGAUGAUGGAGAAGGCUUGCUUGUCCAAAUUCUCUUUUGAUGAUACCUCGGGUACUGUGAAAAAAACUAGAGGAAUGUUUAAGGAGAAAUUGCGAGAACUUGGAGGGCUCGAUGCAGUCUUUGACGUUGUAAUUGAUUGUCACGCUGUAAUGGAGAGCUGGUUGGAACAUGACAUACUCUCUGUCGAGGAUAUAAAAGAUGACUUGAAUAAGCACAGUCUAAUGUUGCUGCUGAAAUGUCUAAAAAUCAUGGAAAAUGCUAUGAUCCUCAGCACAGAGAACCAGAAUCAUUUACUCGGAUAUAAUAAAAAGAUGGGUUCUCAUAGAUUCCAACUGUCUUUCCCAGAGCUCAUGAUAAGUGUCAUCAAGAUACUUUCAGAUCUUCAGUUAUGUGCUCUUAGGAACAAAAAGCAUCCUCGCCCUCACUGUUCAAAUGGCGCUAAUCGUGAGUCCAUUUCGGGAGCAGAUUGUAAAGUUAACAAGGAGGUUUUGAAAAUUAGUUCAGAUACUUGCUCUGCCACUAGCUGUAGUUCCAUAAGAAAUGCAAGCGUAUCCAAGAGAAAUCAGUCGGCAUUCCUGUUAGGUUGCUCAGCGAAAACAAAGAAGGGUUCUCAAUCAAGUGUAAUAUCAAUAAAUGAUCCCUGCACGCUAACGACAAGAGCUGGUUCCAACACUGGGUCGUUUGCAGGCAGAUUAGGCUUACUGGGUAGUGGCAUUUCCAGAAGCAAUGCGCGACCGAGAAAUUGUCAAAUUAGAGAACCCAGUGGUAAAAAAGUUAAAAACUUUACAUCCUUGGAGGAUAGUCAAGAUCCCUUUUCAUUUGACUUGGAUGAUUCCGGACCUUCCAAAUGGGCAGUAGUAUCAGAAAAACAAAAGAAUUCUAGAGCUCAAAAGAGGAAAGGAAGCUAUAGAGACAAUAAGGAUUACCGCUCGCUUCAGCUUUUCUCGAGCCAGGAGGAAUCAAACUAUGGGUUCAGUUCUCAGGAAGAAUCAAGUGAUAGAGAUAGCCAUGUAACAGAGCAACCUUCUUCAACAUAUGACAUUGAUAAAGAAUGUCUCGGUCUUAUAUCUGAUUGCCUUUUAACAGCCGUCAAGGUUUUAAUGAACUUAACAAAUGAUAAUUCCGUUGGUUGUCGGCAAGUUGCUGCCUGCAGAGGAUUGGAGAGUAUGGCUGAAUUAAUUGCUGGACAUUUUCCUUCCUUCACCAGAUCUCCCCUUUUCAGUGAGUUGGAAAUGCCAGGGUCAUGCCAUCAGAAAGAUAAACAUCUCACAGACCAGGAAUUAGAUUUCCUUGUUGCCAUCUUGGGGUUAUUGGUCAACUUGGUGGAGAAAGACGGAAUAAACAGGUCUAGGCUUGCGGCAGCUAGUGUUCUGAUCACCAAUCCAGAAGGGUUGCAAGAGAGUGAACAAGACAUGAUUCCUCUUUUAUGUUCAAUCUUUCUCACCAAUCAAGGAUCCGCAGACACCACAGAAGAGGCAACUACUUUCACUUUGGACGAUGAAGAAGCUGUUUUAGAAAGCGAAAAGGAAGCAGAAAGGAUGAUUGUGGAGGCAUAUUCUGCCCUUUUACUCGCAUUUCUAUCCAUAGCAAGUAGAAGUAUACGCAAUGCAAUCAGAGAUUAUCUCCCAAAGCGCAAUCUGGCAAUUCUGGUACCGGUGUUGGAUAGAUUUGUGGCGUUUCAUACAACACUGGACAUGAUUCCUCUGGAAACGCAUAAAGCAGUUAUGGAAGUUAUCGAGUCGUGCAAAUUGCCUUAGGACGAACAAAAAAACAGGCAAUAUCUUCGUUUUCCUAUCACUGUACAGCUUGUGCAACAGUUUGGUUUCGCUCCACACUUAUAGUUAGUGAUCACACAAUGAUAAUGUUCCAUGUAUACUAUAGAUGCUACAAAUAGAGGUCAUCUUUUUGUUUUGAACAAAACAAAUAGAGUAUCUUAGAGCUUUUCUUUUGGAAGUUUUGCUUCUGUGGUUCGGCUUAGAUUUGUAAUUCACGUUCCAUUCUUUUAUAUUUUUUUUUUUGUCA